ACUCAUUACUGAUCGUACUCAGCGGAAGUCCUUCCCGUCUUGUCCGUUACUUUUCACGAGUUUUGGCGACGGCACAAAGCACCGAUUAGUUCAUUAGAACGUCAAAUUCACGCCCUCGACGUCGCAUGACAAUGACGUACGUCACACGAUUUGAAAACAAAAGGAGCACUUGCCGGCACUGCAGAGUAGUCGAAACUCACACUUCAGAGAGGCGGUAUGAACGAGAGAACCUUUGUCGUCUUCUCAAUUUGGCUGUUGGCCGCAGUCAACCCGAUAGAUUGUGAUACUGCAAAGCCGUCUUUUCAUGUGGUUGCACCAAGAAACCUUAUACCUGGCGAAACGUUUGUUGUCUAUGUUCACUAUGAGGUCACCAUCCCCACAAGUAGAUGGUUGAUAUCCGUAAGUUUACAUCAUUCUAGUGGGCUCACCCUUGCAGAUGGAGGCACACGAGUGGUAGAAUCGGGUUCGUUCAACAAGUUCGUCUUGAGGACACCACUGAAUGCUGAUCCUGCAGCUAGCAGCUACUACAUUUUUGUCAACCAAGUGUCUGGGCCAGGAAAAGCGCAGAACAAGAGCAUACCAGUUACAGUUCAAAGAAAGAGCAAAGUCAUCUUGAUUCAAACUGACAAACCCAUUUAUAAACCGGGAGAAACAGUAAUGGGAAGAAUAAUCGUGCUUGAUCGUCAUACAAAAUCUUCUACAGGAGCUGUUUCAGUUACAAUACAGAAUCCCAGCUCCUACACAAUGAGACGUUAUUCUAAUAUCUCGCUGGAUUAUGGAGUUGCAAAUUUUGAGUUUCCUAUAUCAUCAGAACCCGUUCUGGGAACGCAUCGGGUGUGUGCUACCUAUGAGGGUUUACCAAAAGGACAACAGUCAUGUUUUAAGUUUGAAGUCCAGCGUUAUGUUCUUCCCAAAUUCUCUUGUACUAUCGCUCCUACUGAUGAAGUCCUCUCCUGCUCACUUAAAACUCUCUGCUUUUCGGUAUCAGCAAAAUAUACAUAUGGGCAAAAAGUUGAGGGAAUCCUAAGGGCUACAGUAGCACCUAGUUAUACGUGGAGCCGAUGCAGAGCGACUAAUAUUGCGCUACAGAAGAUUUCUGGAACAACUUCUGUGUGCGUUAAUAUGUGCUCUCACGGAUAUUUCUGUGGUGGAGACGCAGUAAUUGAUGUCAACGUAACUGAUGUCUUGUCAGAAGAAACAGUUCAAUGCAAAGGACAGACCCGUGUACCUGUCAGGUCUAGACCCUACAAACUCACAAUGAUUGAGGAGGAUGACAGUUUCCACCCUUGUCAUGCAACAGUCGUGAAGGUUGCUGCUUCAACCUUUUCUGGAAAACCAAAAGCUGCAAAUAUUAGCUUAGACGUCUCUUUGUACGCAAAGAACAAACAAUCAUGCAAAGCAAACAAAGCACGUUCAUUAGGACCUCUAUUCCAACCUACCGACAGCAGAGGAAUAGCAACAUUCUCUGUUUGUAUGCCUUGCAGCGCGUUGAGUGUCAACUUUCAUGCGUCUGUAGUUCCAGAAACCAACGAAACAAGUCAGUUUUCUACGGCAUACAGCUAUCGAAAUUUUAUAUAUUCUCCGGAAAGAAUUGCAUUGUCAAGCAACAAACAGAAAUUGCAGAUUGGAGAAUCAGCAAAUAUUACGGCUUCAUUUUCUAAUGCAGCAGUAGCGGAUUAUUACGUUGUUCAUGGUGGACAGAUUAUUAACCACGGCCGUUGCUCACCAAAAAGCGACAGGAAAGCUCGCAGGAAGCACAAACAGUUGUGCAAAACGGGAGGAAUUAGAAGAACUUGCUAUAUCUCAUUUGUUGUCACGUCAUCUAUGGCUCCCAAGUUUACUUUGAUUGUCAGUCAAAAUGCUCUCGUUGCUUCACGCCUUGCUUUUGAAGUCGUUCAAAAAACUGACUCUGCGAUAUCGCUACAAUUUCAGCAUAAACAAGUAAAGCCUGGUGACAAAACUAAUCUGCUGAUUAGAGUACCUCCAAUGUCAUACGUGGGCGUGGUUGCAGUAGAUCAGAGCGUUUACAUUAAACAGGACAAAAAUCAACUGACUCCUUCCAAAUUGUAUGAAGAAGUAGGCAUGUUUGAUGAGCACAAGAAAUUGCCCACUGAGUCGUACGUGUGUGGUUGGUACGUGUAUUGGGAUUGUCCUUGUGUGUGUUACGGGCCGUACCCAACACCAACAGCUCAAUCCGAAGAAGACGUAAACACAACUAAUCCGCCCACUGUCGCAGUUGAUUCCCCAGAUAUUCUAUCGGACGACCAAGGAGACAACAGCGAUAUCCGUAGACCUACAAGAGACGCUGGCAGAGACAAGAGACAAGAUCGAAUUAUUCCAGACGUCAUCGUUGACCCAUUUCCACCAUGGAGAAAUACUACUGAAAAGUGUUGUCCACGAAACUGUACUGAAGUGCGCUACUCUAUGCAACUUUGUUCCUAUUACAAAGCAAGCAGCUAUUUUACGUCAUCUGGAAUUCAACUGUCUGACGGUGAAACGGAACCUCCAAUGGCUUGUCAGAAACCAAAUCCUCCACCUAAGCCUAACGUCACCUACGACUGUUGCGAGCGAUGGAUAGUCUUCGAUAACAUUGCAGUAGCUAGAACUCUUGAAAGAACAAGUUCAGUUGACGAUAGCAAAAGCGAUAAUUUGGUAAGUCCAUCUCGUGUGCGAACACACUUUCCAGAAACUUGGUUGUGGUUUGACCGAAUAAGCAGAAACAACACUCUAAAUGAAGAAGUUACUGUUCCCGAUACCAUCACGUCGUGGGUAGCAGAUGCCUUUGCUGUAUCUCCGUCACACUCAAUGUCCAUCGCAAGUCCAGCAACUCUGACAGUCUUCAAACCGUUUUUCAUAAUCAUCAACCUGCCGUAUUCGGUCAUUAGAGGAGAGCUAGUAGAGAUAUCUCUUACCGUCUACAACUAUCUUGAAACAAGGCUAACCGCCUUCGUGGACGUACACGUAGAUAGCAAUGACGCACGAUUAGUGCAAGGAAAACGAGACAAAACAGCUUUGAAUCAGCGAACGAGGACAGUUGAAGUGCUUCCUGGAAACGGAAAGGUGAUAUCUUACUUCCUUUUACCUUUGAGAAACGGCCACCUGCCAAUAAGGGCAACAGCUACAUCAACAUUAGGAGCAGAUAGCCUAAUAAGAAAUCUGCUUGUCGAACCUGAAGGCGUCAAAGAAGAGUAUAGUCAGUCAUCUCUUUUGUGUUUGCAAAAUGAUGAUAAUUCCACAUCUAAACUUCGUUCUGACAAUACCAAUAACAGCAUCACAUACGUCUUUAAUGCUUCCCUGCCAGACAAUUUUAUUCCCGACUCAGAGAGUGCAGUUGUCUCAAUAACAGCAAAUUAUAUGGGACCGACGAUUGAGGGUUUAGAUAAUUUGCUGCGAUUACCGACAGGAUGUGGAGAACAGAACAUGCUCAAUUUUGCUCCUGCCGUCUACAUAGCACGCUAUCUUGACACAGUCGGUCAACUUGAUGAUGCAACCCGAAAGAAAGCUCUCCACUUUAUGCAAACAGGAUAUCAAAGAGAAAUGACGUAUCAACGAGAAGAUGGAUCUUACAGCGCUUUUGGAAACAGUGAUCGCUGUGGCAGCAUGUGGUUGACAGCUUUUGUGUUGAGAUCUUUCGGUCAAGCAGACGGUCUAAUUGGAAUGUCAAUUGAUGAAAGAGUGCAGAAUGAGGCUGCUCAAUUUGUCAAGAAGAACCAGAACACAGAUGGCUCCUUUCCUUCUAUUUGCAGUCCAAUACACAAAGAAAUGCAAGGAUGCAGCGGUGGUAAUUGCUCACUAACGGCUUACGUCACAGUAGCCCUACUGGAAGCAGGAAUAUCUCCAGAAGACGAGAGUAUCAAGUUGGCUCUGGAUUAUCUAUCUAGCAGAUGCAUAGCCCAAAACUGUAGCAGCCCGUACAAUCUCGCUCUAAUUGCUUUCACGCUGUCUAGAGCUGUAGGAUAUGACCAAGAAAGAGAAAGAGCUCUAGAAGCUCUUAAAAAGUGUGCCAUUAUAGAAGGUGACCACACUCACUGGCAGUAUUCGAUUGAAAGAACAUGUCAUAACACAUGGCCGUGGUCAUAUUACUGCCGGACACGUUCAUGUGACGUCGAAACGACCGCCUACGCAUUGUUGGCAUUUACUAAUCAAGGAAACAUUGCUUACAGCUUGCCAAUAGUGCGUUGGUUGAUCGAACAACGUAAUCCUCGAGGAGGAUUCAUUUCUACUCAGGACACGGUGGUUGGUCUUCAAGCGCUCGCUGAGUACGUAAUGUUGUCGGAAUCACAGUCUGAUGAUGGUGACGUUGCAGACGUAUCUCUAAAGGCCGAAAAACUUACGCAGACUCUAUCGCUUGACUCCUCAAAUGCUAUGCAAGUGCAAACCAUCACACUUUCAAGUCUGCCGACACUGGUUAGUGUUACCGCAAAUGGGAAAGGUUGUAUUUUGGCAUCGGUUGGUGUUAAGUACAACGUACCUAAACCCGACAAAACUGCAGCCUUUCAUGUUUCUGCCAUAGCUGAAAUACAGAAAGGUGCAUGCAAGUAUUUGGUCACCGUUUGUAACAGAUGGCUUCAAAAUGAACCGGACACUUCAAAUAUGGCCAUAACUGAAAUCACUUUCUUUUCGGGUUUUCAACCUAUUCAAAGUGAAUUGAAGCAGCUUGUGAAAAGUAACCGCUGUAACACCAAGAGGACCGACUUCAAGGGUCGUACUUUGAGCAUAUACUUUGAAGAGGUUACACAAACUCAAUGUUGUUUUGACGUAAUAAUGAAGAGGUCUUCGGUCGUGGAGGAUCUCCAAGGUGUUCCCGUUAUUACAUACAACUACUAUGAGCCUGAUGAGAGGGGAGGAACGAUGCUGUAUCCUCGCCAAGAAUGCCCUUGAAGAAGAAUCGUUCUCCUGUUGAACUGAAUGUGUGUUUGUCGGCUGUGCAAGAACUGUGCUGUGUUGUUUGACAGAGAUAUGAUAUCUCAGUUACUGAAAGCCAAAUAUAAAAAUUGCU